UGCAAGGAUCGUUCCUGCCGGAAUUUAUCGUUAAAAAGACUGGUCUUUUGUGAGUGGCUAUGGUUUCCAGAGCCCAAAACCUUCAAAUGCUAUCUUUCCACUACUCUGUCUCACUUCAUAACAACCCGCCGUCUCUCCUUGUCCACCGCCCUCUGGCUUUCGAUGGUAAAGCCAGCGUCUUUAGUCAUUUGAUUGCACAUAGUAGCGAUGCGAUUCACAUGAGAAGAAGAAGAAAAAUGGCACAUUCUUGUGCUGUUUAUGCAGUCAAUGAGAGGGAUUCAGAACAACAGUUUGAGGUAGACCCAGUUAAGGCCAGAGAAGCCCUUCAAGAGCUCGACCAGCAGCUCCAAAUACUCUCCAAGAAACAAGUCUCCCCUCCAAAGAUAAGGGCUUCGGAUGUGAAACUCACAAGAGAAGAAGGAACAACACAAGAAAUGACAUUAUUAUCAGGAUCCUUUCAAGCCUACAUAGCUGGUGCUCUCAUUCUUUUCACAAUCUUCUAUAAUGUCCUAUUUUAUACAGUAAUACAACCAUCCAUAGAUGGACAAGAAUAUUCUCCAGACAGUGUCGAGGAAACGGCAUCUCCAUCUCCAAGCAGCAGUUUGAGAGUUAUGAAAACCAAUCCCAGAAGUUGAAGUAGCGAUUACUCGUGGAAAGAACUUGAAAAGGCAGGUUUUGGUUCACUUGUUAUGGCCUAUAUGGAAGCAAGCAAAUGACAAUAACUCUGCUUUAAUCAUGUCAAUAUAUAAGCCAAGUGAGUUUUGUUUUCAGAAAGAAGAUGUUACCAGUCUUGGUCAGAGCUGAAAUUGCAUUUUCUUUUUCAUAUUCAUGGAAAUUAAUUUUGGACCUGAAUUCAAUGGCUUGUAGUGCAUGUAAUAGUUUUAUAAUUAGUCAACACUAUUUUGACAAGUUUUGGUUGACAAGUGUUUGUAUAAUUGUAUUUAUUUUAGAGUCUGUUACUAAACUAGUUAACAAUACCCAUGUUGAAAUAAGGAAGAUUGUGUUCAACUCAA